AUGGGCAAGGGUUGGUGCCAUGGAACUAAACCACUCGAAGAAGCCGAGAUGACAAAAACGAGAGGGAGAGCUGUUACAUAUGGUACGGAAAAUUCUGAUACAAUUGGUAAGACCGGGAAGGAAAUAUGGAAGUCUAGGGUUGGGGGUUUAAGGAUGCUGUUCAUAGUGCCAUGGCGAUUCUUAGGCUCAGCGUUUCCAACAGGAAGUAGUACGAUUGAUACUUUUGCUCCACCUACAAUUACGGCUAGGGGAGCGUGUUUGUGCCACUAUUUACAUGCUUUUGGUUUCAGGCAACAAGACACUAUGACUAGCCUACAUGAUGAGAGACGACUACAGCAUCUGGCCUUGAGGCAAAUUAACUUACUGCUCGCUGAGUUGUAUAUAUUUCUCUUUCUAUUAUCUUUAUGGCCUCACAAUCUGAAUAGCAGACCAAAUUCCCAAUCUCGGGGCAUGAAUGCCUUGACGAAAUUUUUUAAUGGCAGUCUUCUUGAAGCAUUUGAAUACUCAAUCUACGCAUGUGGGUUCGACUUUUGCGAGAGAAAAUCUCUGAGCGUUCCGGAAUGCAUGGGCGAUAUGAUUGACAGUGCUUCUUCGCGACCCAUCAGCACCUUCCCUUCCAUCAAAGUCGUUUGUCGAACCUGGACCAAGAGUAGAUGGCAGUACAAAACGCGUAGAGGUGGCCUAAUCUUAUUUUCUUCAAGUUGCCCCAGCUUUCCGCUCCAUGAAAUAAGUCUCCUUUGCAUUUUUGAAGCAGUCCUAGCCGAGCAAGUUGGCGCUGGUUUGUGUUUUAGACCACUUGCAAUGUUUUGGUUGCGUUUUCAAGCAGAAAAUUCAAUGUCUUUGCGGGGGUUCCCAACCUCCACUCGUAGUCGCUGUACAUGUAUCCAAAUCGACCACAAUCCGAGGGAAGGAAGCAUGAUAAAGAUACUUAGCAAUUACUACCACAUAUGGUCGGACUCAAUUGGUUUUAAUCCUAGGGUCGAGGUCGUUGAGGAAAUCUGUCUGGACGCGGAAGACAAAAGCGUGUCAUCAAAAGAAGGGCUCACGUCACCCCCUCCCACCAGCCAUCAGGUUCGUGUGGAGUUAGUUUUUAUCGCUGGUCCGGUCCACACAAUUGAGUAA